GAGGAUUUUGCUGUAUAAUGACGUACUUCAAAAUGUUUAUGAAUAUUUUCUAUUUGUUGGCCUUUUUCAGCCAACAAUGGGGGUUAACUCUAGCACUGAAUUUCCAAUGUUCGGAUGUUAACAGUAUGCACAGCAAUAAUCAAGAGGUUUCCAGCAGACUGAGGGCACUGGAGGAGCAGAUGUUACAGGUUCAGUCUCUCCUUCAAGGUGGAACACGCCCAUCGUACACAACAGUUCAGGGAUAUCCGGAAGACUGUGAGGAAAUCUACAAAAACGGUACGCGGGUUGACGGGAUUUACGCCAUCUCCCCUGACGGCAGGUGCCCGUUUUUCGUCCACUGUGAUAUGACGAACGGAGGCUGGACCGUCAUUCAGCGUCGAAUAAACGGAAACGUCAAUUUCUUCCGUGAUUGGGAUGAUUACGUUCACGGCUUCGGUGACGUUGAUGGCGAAUUUUGGCUCGGUCUUCAGAAGAUUCACCGUCUAACGCAAGGCGGCAGCCAGAUCUAUUUCGGCAUUACUAACUAUGACGACACGACGGACUUUGCACAUUAUCAGACAUUUACCGUUCAUGGAGCAGCCACGAAAUACAGAAUGAACGUUGACGCUUACGGUUACCAAGGUUCCAUCAAUGAACUGUUUACCUUUCACGACAACAUGGUGUUCUCCACAUACGAUAGAGAUAACGAUGUACACGCCACUGCUAACUGUUGUGCGGAUCAUGGAGGGGGCGGAUGGUGGUGGAAAAACUGCUACAAACUUGGCAAUGUGAAUGGCAUUUAUGGAAAGAUGACGAGUGGAGGACUAGGUUAUUGGAAUUCGAAAUAUGUCCCGAUUAAAGGAGUUGAACUAAAGGUUAAAGCAAUAAAUGGAACAUGUUAAACGUUCUAUAUCUCUUCUUAAUGUUUCCAUCGCCUCUAAUGCUAAGAAUAUAAGUUUUUAGGCAAUUUCCACUCUGACAGAGCGAUAAUAUCUAAUCGACAUUAAUGAAAAAACUUUAAACUAGUUAUGACUACACAACCUUUUGUCUGACUUUUGUCCCAACAAUUAACAAUAAUUCCAAAAUUAAACAAAUCAGCGUAACCGGAUGCGAACUCAAAUCUCUAUGCUAUUGCAAGCGACGUGUAUAAAUUAAUUGGACUGCUGUUUCUACGAACGAAAUAAUAUUAUCCGUUUUCUACUAUUGCCCUUGUGUAUAUUUAAUCAGCUAUAACUUUUUUGUAUGUUAUCAAUUUAACACUAGAAGCUACAGGGACAGGCCGAGUAGACUGAAAUCUGCUUAAGGGCACAAUGAUCCAGGCCAAACAAACACAAAAGUCAUUCAACGCCAUAAGACAAAGACACCUCAAUAUAUCGAAACAAAUCGUAAGCAACCGAAACACCACGUUCAUAUACCUCUGAAAACAACAUCGGUUGUAAAUGGACGGAUUACAAUUUCAGAAUUAUUUACAUUUAAUGUUUAUGCUUUUCAUUUGAUCGUGUAGUUUAUUCAAAAUGAAGCCAAUAAUUCAAUUACAGAAUACACCUGACUUUGUGCUGCUUUGGGAUUUUACAAGCAAUACAAGAUACCUGUCCGACACGUAAAAUAAAGUGGAGGCAAAUAUCAACUUUGUACGCAUAGCUGCCAUUUUAAUUUAACUACUUUUACUUAUGCACCGGCAAAUAUCCGAGGCUCGUCACAUAGCAGAGAUGACCAAAGUGUCCCGAUUAAGUUGUUAGUAGCCGCCCUUGGUAAUGUCAGUCAAAACAAAGUACGAACUCAUUGGAGGCUUUAGCAGGUUUAUGACAACCCAACCUCAAAGUGAAACUUGUCCUAAGCAACGUUUACCUAUAUUAUAUGCGUAUAUCAGAUUGCUCAAAAAUCUAUGUUUGUUUGCCCUUCGAAUUUGCCAUACCAUAUUACUUAGUUUGUUCAUAUAUCAUUGUGGUACAUGUUUUGUAUAUAUGGCUUUGCACUAGAUAUUUUGUAUACUUUGCUAUGAUGUUAAACAUUUUCAAAACUCUUAUUUUUUCCAAUAAAAUAUGCAGACAGUACAUAUUUUGCUAUUAAUUGUUCUGAAUGUCAACGGAGGAAUACAUGUCCAUCAUGUGUCUGUUGUCAGUAAUGUUUGCUACUUAUGCCAUCAUUCUUCUUACGGUUUAUUUAAAAAGAAAAAUAUUUAAGUAAACAAUUUCCGUCGAUGAAAACAAAUGCUUUUACACAUGUAAUUUCUAAUAAAUACAUACUUAUCA